AUGACCACAGGAAUGCUUCAUGACGCAACAAUCCAGACGGCGGCUUCAACCUCAGGACCUCGCUUUCGCCCGUAUGCCAGCCCAGACCACCAUGUAACAAAGGGUCGCUAUAUCACGAGCAACGAUCCGCGAGGGUACAUACCCGUAUACGAAUAUCCUUUGAAUGGUCAAUGGAUUAUGAUGGACAUUGACGACGGGUACAUCUUGUGGACGGGUAUCUGGAAAGCUGACAUCGUUAAAAUGAUUGAUUCGCAACCUGACCUUGCGCCACUUAUUCGUCGCGUGCGAGGUGGCUACCUGAAAAUCCAGGGAACUUGGAUGCCUUAUGAGGUCGCCCUCAAAUUAUCUCGUCGAGUUGCUUGGGCAAUCCGCGAUGACUUAAUCCCACUAUUUGGCCCAACCUUUCCCAGCACCUGUUUAUCGCCUGACCAACCAGGGUAUGGGCAAGUUGUCGCUUCCUCACAAAACCGACGCCGCGCAAGACGCAACACCCAGGCUGGCACCGCAGUGCCGUAUGCACCUCGGGAUACUCAUCCAAAUUGGACUGUCGUUACGCCGCCCACAGUGCCUAGCACACCGCACGAUGCGUUGCCUCUUCCAUCUCUUCCGAUUUCAGACUAUGCCAUGUCUCCUCAAUAUUCCCCCAACAUGCUUCAUAGGCACUCCUCUCAUACCCACGAAAAGGCGACUAGCCCAUCUGCGCCAGUGAAUCACCCACAUCGCUAUGCCCCUUACACGGGGUCGCCGCCAAAUCGCUACUCAACUUCAAUUAGUAAGGGUGGUCUGUCCCUUGAUAUCCCCUCGACCCGAGACCAUCCGUCCCCGCAUAUGAACGACAAAAGUUUUAAUUUGCCCCCUGUUCAUCUUCCUGAUCACAAUAUGGAUAAUUCUCCCUAUGCUCUACCCCCGAUAUCUGCCUUGGAAGAUCUACGAGGCGUCCACACGCAAGAUUCGGCCGCCGUUUUGCGCAGGCUCCGUCUCGAUGACGAGCAUUACCCGAAAUCCGGCUGUCCCACCGAGGAGCAAUUGUGGGCGAGGCGACACUCGGUGCCAACCCAUCCAUAUGUUAAAGGACCUGAGGGUUCAUCUCGUUUCCAGCCGUACCAUGGUUCGCGAUCAUACCAAGACCAUACGGGCCAUCGCGCGUGGUCGCCUUCAGAAAAGUCGGAUAUUCGCCGCGCAAGAGAGCACUUUAUUCCUUCCGACGCAACGCGGGAGUACGACUCAAAUUCAGACCCAUCGCCUACGACGCCAGCUACUCCGGAAUCAAUCCUCUCGGCAAAGGGCGCCCGCAGCACAUUUUCCCAAUCAGAGAAAUCGCCGCGGAUCAUAGAGCAACGAACUUUCUUUCCUCGGCAUGCUGGACAUACUGACCACUCGACGACAUGGUCGUCCGUACGCCGGAAUUCGUGCGACGUAGACAACGAUACCAACCCUACCCGGCCACACCGGCCUUGGUAA